AUGGCUAAAAUAAGAAAGAUGUUCUCAGGCAGGCAGGAGGCAGCUUUGCUCAAGGCUUUUUUCCAUGGGGAGGGCAGGCAGGAUGAGGGGCUGGCCCCUCUCCCAAGCUCUCAGCCCCCCCAGGCUGCACAGGACAAGGACCACAAUGCUAUUUUCAAGGGCAGCUGUUGUUUCCACAGGUCAAACGCUGGGGGAAGCAUGGCCUGGGCUCAGUCUGUGGAUGCAGUACUGGCCAAUAAAGAGGGCCUGGCAGCUUUUCGGGCAUUUUUGAAGUCUGAGUUCAGCGAGGAGAACGUGGAGUUCUGGCUGGCCUGCGAGGACUUCAAGAAAACCAAAUCCUCCACCAAGAUUGCCUUGAAAGCCCGAAAGAUUUAUUCUGACUUUAUACAAGCUGAUGCUCCAAAGGAGAUAAAUAUCGACUUCCACACCAAAAAUGACAUCUCCCAGAAGAUCUCAGAGCCCACCCUGAGCUGCUUUGAUGCUGCUCAGAGCUCCAUCUACUCCCUGAUGGCCAAGGACUCCUUCCCCAGGUUCCUGAGGUCAGAUGUGUACAAGGAGCUGCUGCAGAAGCACCAGGACAGGAAUCAGAAGAGGUGGCUCCCAUUUCUGUGA